AUGAACUAUGGAAUGGAUGUUAGAACACAACAAAGUGCAAUUGUUGAGCAUUUAAAGAAGAAUAGAAAAGAGUAUGAUAUAAAACAAAUAUUAAAUGAAUUGGGAUAUGAUGUUUCUGAAGGUACAGAAUUAUUUCAAAGACUUUCAACAAUGUCAAGUUCAGUGGAAUAUAAUCCAGUCAGAAAAACGUUUAAAUAUAAACCAAAAAUCAAUGCAACAAACUUAGAAGGGUUAAUUAAGAUUAUACAUGAUUCUAAAUUCAAAUCAGUAGCAAGGUCUUUAUUAGAUGAUGCAUAUCCAGAUGUAGAAAAAGACUUAGCAUCAAUGGUUGAACAUCCAGAAAAAUAUGAUAUAGUUGUUGUAGAAGAAGGAGGAAGAUCAAAAGAAAUAUAUUUUUUUAGUGAUCCCAAGAAACGAUUAUUAAAUGACUUACCAAAUUUAGAUAGAGAAAUUGUGGGGAAAUGGAAAGAAUUAUCAGGAACAAAAGAUGAAGAUUUUGAAAAAACAGUUAAAGGAAGUGGUUUAAUUCCAUAUCAUUAUAGUGCACAAAAUUCUAUUAAAAAAAAGUAG